UGUAGGACUAAACCAUUCAUUGUUGUAUAGGUGACCGUCGGUUUAAAACACGUGUGUUGUUUGGUGUUUGUUUUUACAUAUGUUUUGGAUAAGUUGUAUAUGUUAAAAACCCAACCGCAAUCGUAAUAUUUCGCAUAGAGAAUAACUUAAAAUAUUAUGCUAUUUCAUGAGUGCAUGAAGUCCCACUCUACUGAAGUACCCUAUCAAGAAAUAGCUCACGUGUCAUCCUAGAAUAUGAUGACACUUUUACCGGCGUUUUCCCAUAGCGUGAAAAGACAACGAAACAUUUUUAAGUAGUCUCCAAAAUGGCUUUGACAGGUGUUAUAUAAGUUUAUGUAAUAACUUAUUCCGUACUCGGCCACAGUCCGGCUCUUAUCAGUUUAAACAGAAGCACCGUCGACUGAAGAAGAACAAUGUAUCCGGCUCGACGCUGUUCAUCGCUGCUCCACCGAGACCUGGCCGCAGCCUGCCUCUCAUCGCUGGGCACACAUCCGAGGAGGACCGCUCCGGUGAAGAAGAGAGCUCAUCCUCUGCCAGCAAGGGCCAACUCCUCGCCCCUUCUGCUCGGUUCUCUACAAGUGUGUCAGAUGGGCAGCAGCAGCAGCAGCAGCAGUAGACACUUCAGCACUCUGGCCCAGACUCUGAGCAGCGCCGCUGUGGCAGAUUCGAAUGUGGAUACUGACGACUACGAGUACGAGCAGGCUGACCCCGAUGCGCUGCUGCGUGAAUGUGAGGAGGUUUUGAGGAACCGGCCUCCUCGACUGCACAGAGACUUUAUGAUGAGCAGAGCCUGCUCACUGCAGAGCGCACCCAUCCGUGUCAUGCAGUGGAACAUCUUAGCACAAGCUCUGGGUGAAGGCAAGGACGGUUUUGUGCGCUGCCCAAUGGAUGCGCUGAACUGGUCAGAGAGGAAGUAUCUCAUACUGGAAGAGAUCCUCACCUACAGGCCAGAUGUGUUGUGUCUACAGGAGGUGGACCACUACUUCGACACCUUCCAGCCCGUGCUCGCCAGCCUCGGCUACCAGAGCACUUUCUGCCCCAAGCCGUGCUCCCCCUGCCUGGACGUUCACAAUAACAAUGGCCCCGACGGCUGCGCUCUGUUCUUCAACCGCCGUCGCUUCCAGCUGCUCCACACCGCUCACCUCAGACUCUCCGCCAUGAUGCUCAAAACCAACCAGGUUGCCAUCGUGGCUACUCUUCGCUGCAGGUUCACGGGUCGAGUCUUCUGCGUGGCGGUAACGCACCUGAAAGCGCGGAGCGGCUGGGAGGCGUUUCGAAGCGCACAGGGGGCCCACCUCCUCCAGCAGCUUUGCGAACUAACCACACAGUCCCACCUGGAGAUGGAUGAUGAAAACCGGACUAGGGUUGGGGAGAGUGAAGGGGGUAUUCCGUUGGUGGUGUGUGGGGAUUUUAAUGCGGAACCGAACGAGGAAGUGUACAGGCGCUUCGUAACUUCUCCUCUGGGGCUAGAUAGUGCUUACAAGUGUCUGAGUGAGGACGGGAACACAGAGCCACCCUACACCAGCUGGAAAAUCCGGCCCAGUGGAGAGAGCCGCUCCACCUUGGACUACAUUUGGUACUCGGAAAGAGCCUUCCAGGUGGAUGCUGUGCUAAAGAUACCGAGUGAAGAGCAGAUUGGGCCGGACCGGCUUCCGUCGUAUCAUUAUCCCUCUGAUCAUCUGUCACUGGUGUGUGACCUAAGCUUCAGUCAGCAGCCUCAUAGGCUCAUGUAGCCGUCAAUCAUUAGAGCUGUCCAAUAGGGAUCCAGAGCAGCUUAGGACAUUCCUAGGGUAUGUGUGCACACGUCAGAAUGUGAGAAUGCGUUAUUUGCAUCACUGCAUAGAAUGUAACAUAUAUUUUAUUCACAUAAACCUUAUUUUCACCUGCUGACGUAGGUCUUAAUACACCUCUGUGCUUAUCAUUUUCCUCAAUUGAGAUUAUUAUUAUGCUCUCGUUGUUUGUUAAACAGAGGUUGUGCAAUAUAUUGUAAUUUAUUAAGUGCUAAAGGAUGAUCUCAGGAAGACGCACAAAUGAAAAAAAGUUUAUAUUUAUACUGACUGUACUUUUUCUUUUAGUAACACUGUAAUUAUUGAUAUGUUUGCCCUUGAUCAGUAAAUACAUCACAGUGUA